UUUGGAUUUUCGGGCGAUCUUGGAUGGCACGACGCAGCUUGACGACGCUUAUGCUCUGCGUGCUGGUCGCGCUCGCGGUCGCGGGCAAGGACUACUACAAGAUCCUCGGCGUCGCCAAGAACUUCAACGACCGGCAGCUCAAGAAGGCCUACCGCACGCUCGCGCUCAAGUACCAUCCCGACAAGGUCGACGAGGCCGAGCGCGAGACAGCGCAGGCCAAAUUUCUUGAAAUCUCGGAAGCCUACGAGGUGCUGAGCGACCCAAAGAAGAAGGAAGAGUACGAUUUGUACGGCGCCGACGGACCGCAGCAGCAGCAGCAACAGCAUCCACAAGGCGGUCGUUCUGGAGGCGGCGGCUUUCAGUUUCGCGGCGACCCGUUCGAGAUGUUCAACCAGUUUUUUGGCAGCGGUGGCGGCGGCGGCCAGCGUGGACGCGGCCAGCCCCACGAGUUUCAGUUCAACAGUGGCAUGGACGGCUUUGGCGGCUUUGGGCACCAGCAGCAGCAAGGGCCGCCGCCGCCGCUGUACGCCAAAGAGUCGGACGUUGUGCGGCUCUCGCCCAAGAAAUUUCCAGGCAAGCGCGCCAAGAACGAGUGGCUCGUGCAGUUUUACCGCGCGUCCGACAAAAAAUGCAUCAAGUUCAAGCCGGUGAUGGAGUCGAUUGCCAAGGAUUUGCGCGGCCGCGUCAAGGUCGGCGCCGUCGACUGCGACAAGCACGCCGAGCUCUGCGAAACCCACGGCGUCCGGUCGUCCUUCCCGAACUUUGGCUACAUCUACCACGGCGACUUCACGCCCUACGACGGCGAUCUCGACGAGUUUGCCGUCUAUAACUUUGCCUUUGAAAAGUAUGCAGCUCGACUGCGGGCCAAGCGCGCGGCCGGCGACGUCGACGAGCUCCAUGGUGGCAACCAAGGCAAGCUCUGCAACCUCGGGAAGGACGCCGAGGCAACCAGCAUGCUCUGCGCCAUCUUCGUGCUCCCGACCAAGGCGUCGGCAGCGACGAAGGACCUCGUCAAGGCUACGGCCGCCAAGUUCAAGGCGUCGAGAGGUCUCCACGUGGUCUAUGUACACGAAAAGGACCAAGGCCGCGUCCUCUCCAAGCUUCAGGUCCCGCGAGCGCCGACGCUCCUCGUUGUCCGAGGCAAGCCCAAGGCCGUUCGCGUCGGCGUGCUCACGGGCACCUUGAACGAAGCCAGUGUUGCCGCCACGCUCGAGCGCGCGAUUGGUGGCGACCUGCCCAUGCAGGCGUACCCCGCCUCCGUCAUGGACUUCAAGUAGACGUAUCUAUCUAUAAUUGAAUAACGACAUUUUUUCCGCCAAGCGCGGCA